AUGCCUCUUUCAACUGUGCAUUAUUCGGCUUUGCCGAAUGAUGAUGAAGAAGACAGAAUGGCAAAGUAUAAUAAUGAAAUUGAGUUUGGAGUACCAGAAGGAACGUUCGGCAGUGCUUUCACCUACGCUAAUUACAACGAUUUGGAUAGAAUGGGCUAUGAAGCUCCCAAGAGGUACUCUCAGAAAACAACAAAAUACAAUCGGUUCACUUAUUCCCAUAUGUUUGCAAGAGAGGAAGAUGAGAUUCCACCAAUGAAUGCUGUAGAAAUGAUAAUAUAUGGGAUAAGUGUCUUGUUAGCUGCCAUAACCUUACCAUUUUCAUUGAUGUUUGUUCUAAAGUUUGUUUCUACUUCUGAGAAGUUGGUCAUUCUCAGAUUGGGCAGGGCGCAAAAAACAAAAGGCCCAGGCGUGGCUCUGGUAUUUCCUUGUAUAGAUAGUACGCACAGAAUUAAUACUUCAAUCACUGCGUUCAAUGUUCCUCCUCAACAAAUAAUAACAAUUGAUAGAGGACUUGUUGAACUAGGCGCUACCAUAUUUCUGAAAAUUCGUGAUCCUAUUUCAGCUGUAUGUGGUGUACAGGACAGAAACAGUUCUACCAGAACUUUGGCGAACACAAUGUUAUAUCGAUAUAUCAGCAAAAAAAGAAUUUGCGAGCUAACGAAUCCUCAGGAUCGGAAAAUGAUUUCGGGAGAUUUUCAGAACGAACUACAAUCCUUCACUGCUCAGUUUGGAGUUGAGAUCACCAAUGUGGAGCUAUCAGAAAUUAAAAUAAUUAAAGAAGGAGAAAACAUGGGAUUAGCAGCUCUGAGUGCUGUAGCAUCUUCUGAAACAGGGAAGCAACUGUGGCAGGUUAUUGAGCCUGCCUUAUCAGAAUUCGCCAAGGCUAACGAAGGAGGAGAAUCGGAGAUUCUUAUAGAUACAAAACCUUCUGAAGACAUUCUGAUAGAUCUUAGUCCCGGCUUGGAUAUUGAUCAAUUGGUGUCCGUUAUAAACUUAGCUAUUGAUGAGCAACUUACUCGAUCUAUAGGAAAAAUUUUCCAAGUGAAUUGUAGUGGAUUGGCCCCAAUGUAUAUAGACCUCAAACAUUCGCCGGGCACCUGUGCCUUGGGACAAUCCAACAACCCUGAUGUUGUUUUUGAGACUACACAGUUAAUAUUCUUUCAAUUGAUCAAGAAAACACUUUCCCCGAUAAAUGCAUAUAUGAAUGGAUCGUUGAAAAUCAAAGGUUCAAUACAAGACGCAUUAUCUUUGAAAUACCUUGCUGAAAGAAUAUCUGAGUUGUUAUGA